CGAAAGGGCCCGCGGGGUCCUCCCCAGAUGGCGGCCGCCGCGGGGGCCCCGGCCGCGGCCGAGGCCCACGACCUGGAGGAGAGCCGGCCCCGCUGCUGCCGCCGGAGCGGAGGGGCUCCUCGUCGCCCUCGCGGGGGCCGCCCGGUAUUCGUCCAGCCCUGGCGCGGCUGAUACGUCCCCGCGUGCUGCUCGGCAUGCUGGCAGUGGCGCUCGCCGCGCUCGCGGCCGCGCUGCUGCUGCGCAGGAGGGCGCGGGACGCCACCAGCUCCGCACGCGGCCUGCCGCUGGAAGCAGCGGUGGAGGCUCGCGCCGGCCUGUUCGAGGCCCAGUCCUGCACGGGGCCCGAGGACAGCACGAACAAUGGCGGCAGCAACCUGGUGGAGACGGCCGCCGUGACGGGCAGCGCCGAGGACUGCUGCACCAGCUGCCUGCAGGAGUCCGGGUGCAGAGGCUACACCUGGGUGAAGGGCUCGGGCGAGUGCUGGCUCAAGUCCUCGCUGGGGAUCUCUGAGGGCGACGACGCGGUCGUGAGCGGCUCGGUGACGUUCGCAG